GUCGAAAAAGCAUGCAUAGACAGCGCGGCAACAGCGCAGACGUCAGUACUCAAAGAGGUCCAAGUGUUAAUCUACGCACCGCGUCGCACAAGCCGAAGAAGCGGUUAACAAAGAAGAUGGCUUAUAAGAAGCCGUCUUCCUCAGAAGCAUUGAAACAGCCACGCGAGAACCAUAACUUGGCUGAGAAGCGAUACCGGAGCCGGCUAAAGAACCAUUUCGUGUCGCUCGAGGAGGGCUUUGAGGCGAUGGCUAAGGAGCGGGACCAGCUACUGAGGAACAUCGCUCUAAUGUACGAGUUCUCAAAUCAAGAGUGAAGCGUCACUAUCUGGCAAAGAGCUAUAUAUGUUGCCUUGUAAUAUUUCUAUAAUAUUUCUAUAACGUGUUUGAUAAGCGAGCGUGAUACUGCACUGUAUAACUAUAAAAAACCUACCCUAUAACAUUUUUUUAUUAUAAAUAAAAU